AUGGCCCCAAUGAGCUUCAAAGACUCCAUUGCCCGCGUGGCAGGCUGGCACCUCCGAAUCACGCUCGCCUGGAGAUACGGUGGCCAAGACAUCGGCCACCUGUUCCAGAGAAUGAAAUGGGCCCUGGAAGAGCACGAGGAACGCUUCGACAAACACUUUCCCCCUCCCGACCUGGACACCGAAGAAGGUCGCAAGGCGGAGGAGGUGCUGGAGGAGUUCCUUGCCACCUGGGAGCUCGACAUUGAAAAGAUGGAGACGCCCGAGUUCUUGACCAGCUUGAUGCACAUCUUCAACGAGGAUCUGGAGCCAAAGUAUCAGCUGAAGGACUUUAACUCCGACUUUAUCAGCCCUGGUGGUGUUUGGAAGACGAUGGAGACUCUGGGGCCGAUUAUUGAUAGAGGGAUGCCUGCCGAGUCCCCCAAGAACGAGCCCGAGCCGCCCAAGCUCCCUGAGCGACCACCGCCUCUCCUCGUCACCUGCAAUGGCUGUGGUGGAAAGAAGCUGUUUGGCACAGGCAGGCUGGCUCUCAAGAAGCACCGUGGGACUGGCCGUCUUCGUCGCCAGCGCCAGCGGAAGGAGUGA